AUGGCUGGGAGGAGGGCGGGCUGCAAACGCGGCCAGGAGGCCGCAUGCAGGCGGAGGCUGGGGCACGGACGGGAGGAAGACGAGACGCAGCAGCGGGACGGGAGCAAGCGAGCGCCGCCAUGGGGGAGGAGAACGAAGGGCGAGCGGAAGAGCUGCCACCGUCGGAGGCAGGAGAACCAUCGGAAGGGACUUCAGGUGGAGUAUUAUUUCAGUGAUAUAAACCUGGCCACCACUGAACAUUUGAUGAGGUUUAUUUCAAAGGAUCCUGAAGGAUAUGUGCCAAUAUCAGUUGUUGCUGGCUUUAAGAAAAUUAAGGCUUUAGUGCAUAGUAACUCCAUGCUUGCUUCUGCUCUUCGGACUUCAUCAAAGCUUGUGGUCAGUGAUGAUGGAACAAGAGUAAAACGUGAGCAACCAUUUACAGAAUCGGAUUUAGAAGAACUCCAGGCCCGAAUUGUUGUUGCAGAAAAUCUCCCAGAUGAUCAUUGUUACCAGAAUCUGAUGAGGCUCUUUUCAGCUGUUGGCAGUGUGAAGACAAUUAGAACUUGCUAUGCUCAGACUCCAAAUGGCACUGGUCCAGCUACUAACAGAUCUGCAAAGCUAGAUAUGCUUUUUGCCAACAAACUUCAUGCUUUUGUUGAGUAUGAUACUAUUGAAGAUGCUGCUAGAGCGAUUGUGGAACUUAAUGAUGAAAGGAACUGGAGAAGUGGGCUUAGAGUUCGAUUGUUAAGCACUUGCAUGACAAAGGGAGGUAAAGGGAAAAAGGGUGGGCAUGAAUCUGAUGGGUAUGGUGAGGAGGAGAAUGUCUCCACUUCUGAUCAACCAAAUGAUAAACAUUUAGAAGGAACACCUCAAAUGUCAGAUGUGCCUGGAGAACACAUGACUGAGGAUAGCACUGGAGAUAUGGGACGAGGACGUGGCAGGGGACGUGGUCGUGGUGGCAGGGGCCGCGGGCGUGGUUACCAUCAACAGAACAACAAUCAACACCACCAGAACCACCAUCAGCACUACCAAAACAGUAGCCACCACAGUAACAGGAGUAGUACCCAUCCAGUGGGAACCCCACCAUCUGGCCACUCAGUCAAGAUUGAGCAACCAUCUGACCACCCAGUCAAGAUUGGGCAGCAGCAGGAGGAGGCAACUCAGUCACAGCCCCUCACAGCGGCUAACAAACAGCCUCCAGGUCCCCUCAUGCCGGAUGGCACACGUGGAUUCACCAUGGGCAGAGGGAAGCCGCAAACAUUGACGCCCAGAGUAUCCGAGUCUGAACCUUGA